AUGCACGAAUUUAUCAUCUCCCGCCUGCAAUGCGCAGCUACCUACCCACCUCUCCCCGAAUCAUCGGUGAACGAAACUGCGGCAGCUGGAACCAUUCGCACCGACCUUGCUGGAUUUAUGCACGAAUUUAUCAUCUCCCGCCUGCAAUGCGCAGCUACCUACCCACCUCUCCCCGAAUCAUCGGUGAACGAAACUGCGGCAGCUGGAACCAUUGUACGACGAGUACCCGUACCCACAACACCAAGUGUUCCAGUGGUCACAAAAAAUGGGACAGACGUAGUCAUUAACUGGGAGGAACACACCAAAGCAGACGAACAUCUGCAAAAGAUACACUUGGCGUUCGUUCAUCCGACUGGGCAUUUGGAUAUCAAGGAGUUCUCCCGGAUAAUUACCAGUUUUACUCUGCCAAUCAGUCCGAGUGAUAUCGGGAUACGACUCUAUUUCGCCACAGAAACAAAUGCCGGGCAAUCGGGAUUUGUCCACAUACCAGUGGAACAGCACUUUUUUCCAGCACCACCACAAGGGCUUUCCGUGGAACUUGAUGAACACGUAUUGUCCCAUCAUAUUACGUGGGAUUGUUCUUGGAAUUCCGUCUCUGUAGCGGUGGAUUACAGAGUGAAACAAUGGGCCAAACUGGAUGAUGACAAAGUGGUCAUUGCUCGUUUCGACACCAGGGACAACCACUUCGUCUAUCCGAAUGUCCUACCUGGAGUGCAGUACAUGUAUAAAGUAAAGAUCAUUGUUAAUGGAGUAGCCAGCAACUACACAAACCCGGUCGAAGCAUUUGUGGUUCACAACUCACCUGGAACCCAGCUGACUAUCGUUUUUGAUGUUCUCAGGCAACUGAAUGUUGUUCAAAACUCUUCGGUAUCCCACCAACGGUUUUCAUCAUUCUUGAGGCUCAGCGGAUGUAGUACACAAGUUUUCAUUUACGAGAAAUACGCUCAUUUGCAAAUCACUUUGGUUUUCACGAGUGACUCAACUGAAUCUCUCGUAUAUGAUAUUCUGCAACUGAAUGUGCUGCACACAGAACCCUCGUUUGACACAUUGCCCCAUGUCACGUGCCGAGGAAAUUUGUUGUCUAUCCGGUGGAACAAAGCCAAAUUAUCAAUGGUUCCUACGAUCUCUAAAGUUUACAUCCUAGUUACGGACAAUAAAUGGCGAGAAUUCAAGACGAUUCCGUUCGAACAGGGUAUGUUUGAGAUGAGAACAAACUGGUGCUAUUCGAGAAGGAUGAAGAUUUUCUUCGGUCUGAGUAAUGCUGCUGGACACUCGAGGUACCUGAAAUUACGUCAAGGCGGGAACAAUCAGCACAGACCAAUUGGGCAACCGUGUUCGUACCAACACUUUAUAAGAGUUCAGCAACUCCAGACAGGGCCAACCACCCCGUUUGGUUUCAAUGUGCUGGUUACUUUCGACAAUGUAUACUGCGAGUCAUCGGGCGCCUCCGCACCAGAUGACUCGCAGUAUACAUUGUCGAAAGUAACCAGCACAUUGAAACCAAACGGGGGAACCCAACCGAAGAAAACCGUAAGUCGACUAUUCGCAAUACACUACUCAAAAGUUUGCUCAAAAUUCUUCGACACCCCACGACCGAAUUCACCCUUCUUUGGGCUCAUCAGUUACGCGCAGUCCCCGAGUUUCCGUCAACUUUAUGUUCUACUUGAAGCCAAAUUGCACUAA